CCGUUGUGUACAUUGCCACACCGGAUGCCUGCCCUACCAUAGCUAGCUGCUGUAGGCCUAGCAGACUCAAAACAUUGUUUGUGCUGCGUUUCAGUACGAAAGUCUCUUGAUGAAAACACAAUUUCAAGUAAACGGACUGAAGGAGAUUGACUGUAAUUAAAUCACCAAGGUCACUGUUAGUCCAUGUGGACAUCCCAAACAUGAUUGGCAGCUGCAGGCCAUGCAUUUCAGUAAACAUAAACACGUACGCGAGGAGACGUUUCAACAAGCUCGUGGAAAAGCACAGAUCAUUUUUUAGUGGGCACCACCUUCUUCACACUUCUGCCUCUAAAUCUGCCCCAGUGCAAAGCCAGAAUAAAUCUAACAUUGAAUAUUGUGUUGAUCUUGUGAGGAAGAGUGAUUAUGAAAACUACCUGGCCACUUUGCUUCUCCCCAAGAAUGUACAGAGGGCUGCUUUUGCUCUUCGAGCCUUCAAUGUUGAACUCGCUCAGGUACGGGAUGUUGUGUCAGACAAGACCAUAGGCCUCAUGAGAAUGCAGUUCUGGAAAGACUCAAUGAGUCGAAUAUUUCAGGGUGACCCUCCCCAGACACCUGUGGCUGUGGAACUUGCUGGGGUGUGUGGUUUCUACAAGCUGUCUAAGCGCUGGAUGGAGCGUAUAGUGGAGGCCAGGGCAUUGCAAUUGAACAGGGAUUCCUUCUUGUCUAUAAAAGAAGCCGAGGAAUAUGCAGAACACUCAAAUUCCUCUCUUACUUACCUUCUCUUGGAAUGCUCAGGCAUCAAGAAUGUUCAGGCAGAUCAUGCUGCCAGUCACUUGGGCAAGGCUCAGGGGCUGGUCACCUUGGUGAGGGCUGUGCCAUAUCACGCUGCUAGGAGAUCUGUGCUCUUGCCCAUGGAGAUACUGGCUAAGCAUAAGGUAUCUCAAGAGGACGUGAUAAGAGGAAAAGAUGCUCAACCAGUAAAAGACGUCAUAUUUGAUAUAGCCAGUGUGGCCCAUCAACAUUUGGAAAAGGCAAGAUCUCUUCGUUCAGACUUGCCCGAUAAAUGUUAUACAGUCUUUUUGAAUGCGGCUGUGUGUGACCACUACUUGAAGGCUCUUCAACAAGCAGAUUUCAAUGUGUUUGAUGGAAAACUGCAACAAAGAAAUCAUUUACUAGCAUAUAGCAUGUUCUUCAAUAAAUUAAGAAAGAGAUUUUAGAUAGAAAUUAAGCACUGGUUUUAUGAAAUUCUCAACUUCUGUGUCCUGGAUGAAAAAUAAACAAAUGUUCAAGUGGACAUUCAAAAAGAUC